GAAGUGCAGGGCGGCCGCCUGUCUUCUCUCGUAGCCCGCCCCUCCCUUACCAUUCCAGUCCCACCUCUCCGGCCCAGACCGGAAAUGAGGUCAGAGAGGGAAACCCAGGCUAGGAGCUUCGGCCCCGAAGGCGGCGCCGGGUGCGAGUGGCUGCGGCUGCCGCUGUGGCCUCAUGGAUGAGCUGGUACAUGACUUAGCCUCAGCCUUGGAGCAGACAUCUGAGCAGAGCAAGCUUGGUGAGCUGUGGGAGGAGAUGGCUCUGAGCCCCAGGCAGCAGAGGCGGCAGCUCCGGAAGCGCCGGGGCCGGAAGCGCCGGUCUGACUUUGCUCACCUGGCAGAGCAUGCCUGCUGCUUCAGUGAGGCCUCCGAGUCCAGUCUGGACGAGGCCACCAAGGACUGUCGAGAAGUGGCUCCGCUCACCAACUUCAGUGACUCUGAUGACACCGUGGUGGCCAAACGGCACCCAGCUCUCAGUGCUGUCGUUAGAAGUAAGCAGCAUUCUUGGCACGAGUCUGACUCCUUUACAGAAAAUGCACCUUGUCGACCACUGAGGCGCCGACGGAAGGUGAAGAGAGUGACAUCAGAGGUGGCUGCCAGCCUUCAGCAGAAGCUCAAAGUGUCAGAUUGGAGCUAUGAGAGAGGCUGCAGGUUCAAGUCUGCCAAGAAGCAGCGCUUGUCCCGAUGGAAGGAGAAUACUCCCUGGACGUCAUCAGGCCACGGGCUGUGUGAAUCAGCAGAAAACAGGACUUUCCUAAGCAAAACAGUCAGGAAAGAAAGGAUGGAGUGUGAAGCAGAGGAACAGAAACAGGGCUCUGAUGAGAACAUGUCAGAAUGUGAAACGAGCAGUGUGUGUAGCAGCAGUGACACAGGGCUCUUCACCAAUGAUGAAGGACGGCAAGGUGACGAUGAGCAGAGUGAUUGGUUUUAUGAAGGAGAAUGUGUCCCCGGAUUCACGGUCCAUAACCUUCUGCCCAAGUGGGCCCCUGAUCACUGCACUGACGUAGAAGGAAUGGAGUCCGGACUGGAUAAGCUCUCAGAUCCCAUGUUCCUUUUGCCUUCCCGGCCAGCUCAGAGAGGGUACCAUGCUCGUCUGAGUCGGUUGCCAGGAGCCGCAGCUCGGUGCCUCAGGAAGGGGCGGAGAAGGCUGGUUGGGAAGGAGACCAGCAUAAGCAGUCUGGGAACUGAGAGGAUAAGCCAUGUCAUGAGUGACCCCCGGCAAAAAGAUUUCUGGUUACCAUCAGCUGGGAAAAGAGAACGAAAUCAGUUUAAUCCUCUCUCUCCUCUUUACUCCCUGGAUGUUCUUGCUGAUGCUUCUCAUCGAAGGUCUUCACCUGCACACUGCUCUGCCAGGCAGGCAAGUGUACACUGGGGACCACCAUGUUCACGUGACAUUAAGAGGAAACGGAAACCUGUGGCCUCAGCAUCUUUAUCUAGCCCUAGUUCAGUGCCCCCAGAUGUGCUGGAGCUGGCCGCCCCAGCCCAGAAGCCUCCCGACUCCGAGUGGCUGGACGGGACAUCUGCAGCAGAGACAGCCACUGCCUCAGCUCCAGCCACGUUCUUCAAAAUGCCACAUGAAAAGAGUCCUGGAUGCAGCUAGAGCCCAGCAGCCGUGGGCGUUGAGACUUUGUACUGUGCAGUCUUAGUGUGAAUCAGCAUUCCUGGUCCUUCCACCACCAGGGCUGACUCCUCUUGUUCACACGCAGCAGUCACCUUUUCUUUUAGAAAAUUAUAUUUGGGAUCUUCUUUUGUAAAAUAGCAGUUUUCUUUAAGGCUGGCGGGGCAUCCUCUGCUGUACUCCUUACUUCGCUGUUAGCCUACCACUUAUUUCCAGCUGCCUUCCUAGAGCUGCUGCUCCUUGGCAGCUGUGUCUUUGAUCCUGGAAAACUAGUGACAGCUUUUGCAUACCUUCUGUGUAGAGCUUUUAAUGUCACUGAUGAAGUCCCAAAUUCAAAGCCAAUUCCAAACACAUUCCUGGAUGGAAUCGUGUCUAUGCAGUACGGCUUGCCAUCAAGCCUUGAUUCACUCAGUGCCAGUACAAUACAUCGACCAAGUUCUCGGCUGGGGCCUCGAGACACCAGCACUCUGUAGGGGUUGGGAGCUUAUUACCUGCACAUGGUCUGAGGGGAUCACCAGCUGCUGCAUUGUACUUGACCCCAUCUUCAUGCUCUGGGUUCUCCAGACGGCACAGAGGGCUGUGUGCUGCAGUGCAGUACAGAUGGUGGGUUAGGUGCUCAGCAAAAUAGCCAGUGGGUAAUGUUGGCUGUAGUGUUUCUGACCCUGGUCUAAGGCUCUACAUCCUAAGUGGAACUUCGUUGCUAGUGUGUUAUAGGUCAGUAACCAGCAUGCUCUGUUAUCUAUUAUGAUA